GCGAGGAGAUGUUGUACGAGAUGGAAUUGUUGCUCGUUGCUAUAGCGAAGAUGUAACAACGAGAAGCAUUGUUGCUCGCCACGAUGACGAGGAGAUAAUUCAUGAAAAAUUGUUGCUCGUUUGAUGUGCAGGAGAAGAUAGCGUACGAGCACGUCUUGUUGGAAGAAAUAUGUUUAUUUUUUAUUUUUACGAGGGGGUGUAUAAACCGUUGGAUCAAAGCGUUCCCUCGCUGUAGUGGCCUUUAAUUUCUUUAAAUAGAGGGGAGUGGAUUUAUUUUUCACAUUCCACUCUCUCUCUUCGUUUGUUGCUGCUAGGAUUCUCUGGGAGCUUUGCUCAAGUGUCAAAUCUCGUUCUUUGAAUCCUCUUCGAAUUCAAGGUUCCAUAUGUCAGAUAUCGAGGAGGUAGUGGAAAGUCAAGGGGUCGUGAGGUACAGAUUAUUUGAUACGAUUACUGAUCCUGAGUUGGAUUGGGUUGGUCCUGAGCCCCGGGGGAUAGCUUCUGUGCUUACUCCCAAUGAUCCGAAUUUGCACACAGUGGUCGAGCGGAGGAGGAGGAAUGAUCCGGUUAACUGGCUAGUUUAUAUGCUCGACGAGGGUCAAAGAGUGUGCUCUUCUUUUGACAGAUAUGGUUUUGCCAUGUAUGAGCUUGUUUUUAAGGAGCUAAGACUUCGAUUGUCGUUUAGUCCUCUUAUGAUAGGAGUACUUAGGAGAUUAAGGGUUGCCCCUUCCCAGCUUCAUCCAAAUUCGUGGGCAUUUAUUUUGGCUUUUGAGCACCUUUGUGGGUAUAGGGGUGUUCGACCUACUCUUCCCCUUUUCUUCCGAAUUUUUAAGGUCCAACGAAAGACCACGAGGAGUGAAGAUCGAGCGGUUCCCCGGCAGAAUUGGGUAUCGCUGAAGCAACAAGAUGACGUGAAGCUUUUUAAGUUAUUCACUGAUUCCGUGCGGAACUUUAAGGAGAGGUAUUACAUUGUCCGACCAGAGUCUUCUGCUGCCCUGGAUAAUUUGUUGGAGCCUAGACCUGAUUUGGAUGAGCACGGGGUUGCUCGUAGGGAUGCCGCCGGGAGGGUUUUGACUAGGAUGGAACCCAAGUUUCCUUUAAGUUGGACAUAUGCCCAUUUUCAUAAGGAUCCUCGCCAGUAUGUGGUAAGGGAUGCUGAUUUAUCCGCUGAGGACAGGGCCAGCUUUGAAGAUUUGAAGAAUUUUGUUGGAGGUUUCACCCCUGCUGUGUGUGUGAACAGGAGGGGUGAAAUUAUUGUAGAUGAGGAUGGGAACCCGAAGACCUCCAAGAGGUCUAUCAAUACCCGGGAACUCCUUGAAUGUAGAAAUGCCGAGGAAGUGAGGAUCUGCUUGGGUAGGAUGGAGUCUAUUGCUGAUCGCAUGUUGAAGGCUGCAGUUAAUGAAAGAGCGUCAGGCAAGGGAAAGAAGAAAAAGGUGGCAGCCAAGAGUCCUCCGCGAAUCCGUCUUGGGACUCCUGUUGCGCAAGGGUGCUCAUCGCGGGGAGGUGGUUCUGGUACUCCUUCCUCUGUUCAGCGUCCUCCUCAGAAGAGGGCGAGGGAAGGUGAUCGUCCUGAGACAGGCAUGGGAGAAAUGACCGGCUUUCCUGUUCCCCGGUGUUAUACUGUGUCCAGAUUUUUUGACAUGUACCCUCCUGUGAUCGCUGAUGCUGAGAAGGUUGCCAUUCUCGAGCAAGAAACUGAUGCGAGGAGGACACAACAUGCUCAGGAUAUGGCCGGAGUCAUACGGAUGAUGGAGAGUGCUCUGGUGCUCGGUGAUGAGCGGGACAGACUGGAGGAGGAAAGAGAUGCAUUUCAGGUUAGGAUUGGGAAGCUUAAGUCCCGCAUCGUCCACCUAGAAAAUGAUCAAGCGGAUUAUGAGGAGAAGAAAAAGAUCUUCGGGGAUCAGACGGUCGAGCUUCGCAUGAGGACCGAGGAGUUAGAUGCUGCCCGGGCAGAAGUGGAGCGACUGAUUGCAGCUAUGGCAUCGUGCGAGGGUGAGCACCCAGCUGCCGCAGGCUUGACUACCCGAGCAGAGCUUGUUGGAGCCAUUGCUCAGCUAUCUGCUGAUUGCGUUGAAGGUGCUGUCUAUGCUUUUGAGAAUGCUAAGCAGCAGAUGAUGUUUCUUAAUCCCGAGCUGAAUUUAGUCGUGGAGGGCAUGCAUGUUAACGGAAGGAUCGAAGGUGAUCGCAUCGUUGUUCCUGAGGGGUUGGAAACCGAGGAGGCUUCAGAUGAGGAGGAGGGAACCGAGGAGGGUGAUCGUGAUGAGUAGGAGUUUUAAUGCUCUUUGUAUCUUAUUUUUCUUUAGCAGUCUUUUGGGGCCUAUGUGCCAUGGUUUGUAAUAUUUGAACAAGUGGGCUUUUAUCCCAAUUUACUUUCUAUGACGAUUUCGGGUGUGUUCCCGUUUAUUA